AUGGGCUUUUUCGACCUGCAGGAUGACCUUUCGGUGAUGCCGUUCGUGCUGUGGCUGCUCGAAUGCAUCGGACUACGCUAUGGGCAGAGCUGGUGGCAAUUUUUGAAAUUUGUUUUCUGUAUGAGCUGGAUGACGGUGGUGACGCUUAUCCCGAAAAUUUUCCUGGGCUAUCAGGAUGAAAUCCGGAUGAUCCGGGGAAUUUCGGAGCUCAUUUUCGAGGCGAAUAUCGUUCUUAAGUUGGUACUGUUUUCCGGAUAUUUAAGGGAGUUUGAAACUUUGCUGACCAUUGGGAACAGGUGGUAUCGAAAAACGAAGGCAAGCUCUUCAUGCAAGGAAGCGACAUUGCUUGUGUCAAAAGUGAACAAAAACUGUGACUUCUUUUCUAAGUUCUACUACCUGUACGUGAUGGGAGUUGUUUUACUUUUUAUCGUGUUCCCAGCAACUACUUCGGUGUGGAUUCACUUCAAUCAACCUCCAAAUAUCAAUAAUACUAAUGAAUACAUAAUAUUCAUGGAACAGGAGUUCUACUGGCUCGACAUCCACAGGAACUUCUCACACUACUGGAUUUACGCUCCAUGCGCCAUGUUUGCCUAUUUCGUCUCCGGUUACGCUAUGAUUCUGGCGGAUACGGUUAUGUACUGCUCGGCGAAAUGUUGUUCCAAUAUGUUCAAAAUAGUUUCGAUGCGGAUCGAACAACUUCAAUGUUUUGAUCCGGAAGCGCGACAGCACGAACUUGGAGACAUCGUGCAACUUCAUAUUGAUGCGCUUCGUUGUAUGAGCAUCUUGGAAGAUAUCAUAUCGCUGUCGGUGCUUUGUCAAGUUAUCUGUUGUUCGUUGAUCUGGUGCUCAAUGGCCGUUUAUUUCGUUAAUAGCUUCGAUGCAAACAUCUUCAACGUAGCGAUGUUGUUUUUGGUUCUAACCUGUGAAACUUAUGGAAUGUCUAUCCUUGGAGAUCAACUGUCUGAAGAUAGCAACGAGGUUACCAGGGCAGUCUACAACUAUCCUUGGUAUGAAGCUUCACUAGACAUACAGAAGAGCCUGAUGCGGAUGCUUCAGCGUGCUCAGAAAAAGGUGGGCUUUACCGCAGCUGGAUUCUAUUUCAUUAGUAUCGAGCGAUUUGCUGUGAUGGUCAAGUCAUCUUAUUCGAUUUUCAUCGUCCUGAAAGAUUCGCUGUAAUUGACUAUGUAACUAGAAACUAUUUCUUCAAAAGUGUUUGAGUAUGAGGUAAAGGGUGUCCACGAUGAAAUUGCCACACACAAAAUUG